AUGUGGGAUCUGGCCCAGCAAUACCCAGACACGACCCCAGAGCCCUCGCCUCUGCAUGUGACCAGGGCCAGAGAGAGACGCUCGUCCCUGGUCGAUCAUCGGCCGCUGAAAAGAGCCAGCAGUCUCUCGUUCCGCAUCCACACUCCGUGCGACUACUCUAGCGGCGCUAGCAUGACUUCCUAUACCUCUUCCACCUCCCUGAGUUCUCUAGGCUCGCUAUCUUCCUCGGCAAAACAGCUAAUCAUGUCUCGGAAGACCAGCCCACGACACCCCGCCAGGCUCAAGACGAGGUUUUUCUCUCCAUUCCACAGCACAAAUACCAGCCCAGUUUCGCCUCGGUUGCUAGAGACCGUGGAAAAACUCUCGAUAGACAACGACGCACAUCCGAUCUUCGAAAUCCCGGAGAUUGUCAACUUAAUUUUGCAUUAUGUUGGCCACGACGAUAGAGAAAGAGUGCCAACCGAGCAUGCCCCGGUCCGGAAACCGCCCAUGUCGCUGAAUCACGCUAAACUCAUCCAUGGCGAGCAGGGCGAGAAAGUCUGGCAACGGACCCAUUCCACCUCCAGCACGGCGCCACCUACGGGCAAUCUGCACAACUGUCUGCUUGUCAACAAGCUCUGGCAUUCGCUAACUCUCGAAGUUUUGCAGGAGAACCUGUAUUUCGACUCGGACCUCAAACUAAUGAACUACUCUCCGCAGCGCAUCGCCGCGCCCAAGUCAUUUGUUCUGCACAAACUCAAGUCCACACAACAAAGCCAUCUUGCCAGUCUGCAUAUCAACCCUGUCAACAUCGAAUGGCUGGAGUUCUACAUAUGCCCCAAGCUGCUCCCAUCGCCACACCUCUACACCGCGAAGCUGAAAAAGCUGGUGCUCCCGGGCUCCAAAGUAGUUGACGACGAAUAUCUGCAGCAGAUUGCACCGUUGAUGCCGAACCUGGUCCAUUUGGAUCUGCGGGCGUGUGAGCGCAUCACGGACGCCGGGCUGUACGCGAUUGGAACACACUGCCCGAAAAUAGAGACCCUCAACUGCGGCCGGCACACCAAGGGCAUCCUCGUGACCGACGCGUCGAUUUCGCACAUUGUCGCCAACUGCAACCUGAAAACCCUGGGCGUUGCUGGCUGCGGCGUCUCGGACGCCAUUCUGUGGUCUCUAGCGUACCAGAAGGGUCAUCAGCUCGAAAGACUCAGUUUGAACAGCUGCUGGCGACUCACCGACGCAGGCAUAUCUAGCGUUUUAAUGAUGGACCGAUUUCCACGACUUGCAGUGCUGGAAAUCCGUAGACUUACGGGACUGCAGCAGCUGCGCCCGAUCGUCGAGUUCAAGAAGCGCCAGAUGCGGCGCAGAAUCGCGGUUCUGGUGGAGGCGUGCGAGGAUCUGGAAGCAAGACUGCGCGCCGAGGAGCGCAGCCUGGACCUGGAAAUCAGCACACGUAUUUUUGAAGACAUCAGCGAGUGGCUCAAUGGCGACGAUUUGCAGGAUCAAAUCGAAGAGCGCAACCUGCAACAGUUUGUGCAGCGCCGCAGCGUGCUGGUGUGAAUUAUAUCAUCUAUUAAUUAUAUAAAUAAUUGCAUGUUAAUUAGGCCUCGCAGAAAGCACGGUACGAGGUGAAAGUGUCCUUGGACUCGGAAACAAGCUCGAUCGCGGUCUUGGGAGCCACGAAGAAAAUGUUUCCCGUGGAAGCGUCCAGAGCCUCGUCGGAGCUCUGCAGCUUGAUUUUUCCCUUACCUUCCGUAACAAUCAGCAGCGAAGGGCCGUCCAGCGCUUCGAACUUCUCUGCCCCAGCGCUCGUGAACGUGGUCUGUAGGACGCUGAACUCAUCAAUAGGCGGGUCGUACAACUUCAGUUCGGCAACACCGGUUCCUCUGGGAAACGGAGCUGGCUUCAGUUUCUGCUCCUCAACAGGAUUGAACGAAUAAGUUAAGCAGUCAACAAGAACUUCCACGUCCUUGAACUUUGGCGUGAACCCAGCACGGAUCACGUUAUCGGAAGCAGCCAUGCACUCCAUGAUAUCGCCAGAGAUGUAGGCAUGUGGGUCCUUGGCUUCGAGAAACAUGGCCUCGCCCGACUUCAGAAUGCAGUGGUUGAGCAGCAGACAUCCGCAGAAGAGACCAAUAUCGUUGGGAAAUUGCGCGUCCAGGCGCUGUAUCAGGUCGGCAAGAGUUUCGCCGAAAAGCUGCGGGUCCGACCUGGUUCUUUCCACAAGUCUGGCCGCGAGAGGCUCGAACUUGGACUCCGGACUGUUCAUGACGCGGCUAAACACUUUUUGGAGCAGCUUCUUUUUCCCAGCAACGUCAGAAGAAACGAUUCCGGAAUGGAAUUCGGCAACAACGUCAUCGCCAACAAGCUCUCUAAAUUCUGGGAUUUUUUGCAGCAGGGCAUCUAUCUGUGCAAGCGGCUUGAAUCCACAGAACGCCUCGAAAUCAGUGAUCGCAACAGCCAUUUCCGGCUUGUGGUUAUCGUCUGGGUAGUGUUUUGGGUCGGACGCGUGCAGCUGUCUGGCCAAGGCCUUGUCUGGAUGUGCCUGGAUGGAGAGCACCUUGCGAAUCGAAAGCACCUUGAACAGGAAAGGGAUGCCCUCUUUGGAGCCGAAUUUUUUGAUGAUAUCCUGGCCAAGCAUCUCUUCUGGCGCAGCACGCACAAGAUCUCUCAACGGAGUCCUGUCCUGAGCAGAAACAGUAGGAACAGAGGGGUGGGUGCCCAUCCAGAGCUCAGCGUAGGGUUUUUCCUCCUCUAUGAAGACGUUUUCUGGGUCGUUGAGCUUGGCAAACCGCGCGACCGCGGACGUGGAGCCCAGUUUUCCCCAGUCAUAGUUCUGGGCACCUCCAAUGACUCUGAACAGUUUUGGAGCGGAAGACAUAAUUACAGAAAUUUGUGAAUUAACAACACAUCGACAUUUUAUAUUUAUUUUUCACAUGGGGCCGAUCGGCGCGUCGCGUCGCAUUUUCGACCACAAAAUUCUAAUCACGUCCCUGCUGCAAUCAGCAAGUGAAGCUGCACAUCAAUGUUUCCAGGUUCUUGGGAAAACUCGACAGCAUCUUCAGGCAAUCUCUGGCCAUGAAGUCUCAUUUCGCGUUUCAGCUGCCAUUUGAGACAAUCAAGACGGAAAGCUCCACGCGACACGGCGCCUGAAACAGCAAACUCGGACCCUGCACUGUCAGACUACUACAGACCCGCACAAUAAAAAAACACAUAUACGGCAUAUUUAUUCACCGCAUAACAAUACUUGCUUGGAUACAUGCUGCUGUUUCGUUUUUUUCCAUAAUAGUUUUUUUUUCUCUUUUGUUUACAUACUGUUCCUCCAGUGUGCCCCUUGUCCCUCGCUUCUACAACCUAAAAACAUGGCUAAGCAGUGUGACUUUUUGGAAGUGCC